CUGACCGCAGUCGGCUUUGUGCUGCCGUUGUACGCACUGUGCUGCAGUUUCAUCAUUUUGGAAACGGAGUGCCCAUCGGCGUGCGCGGACGUGUCGUUUUCAUUUCUUCCUAUGCGAUUAUUGAUCCCGCGAGGAAUCGGUGAGAGUUGUGGUCCUGAUCAUGACACAAAGAGGACGCGCCGCGAGAGGACGGCGGAUCUGCGCUGCGGUCGCGCUGCUUUUGUGGAGCGCGGCCUCGGCGCAGCUACGAUAUUCAAUCUCCGAGGAAGUUAACGAAGGAACUGUGGUGGGGAAUAUCGCCAAAGAUCUUGGAUUAGAUAGACACACGCUGAGAGACCGGAAGUAUCGCAUUGUUUCCAGUAGUGCGGAUCCUCUUUUCCACGUGAAUCAGAACGACGGCAUCUUGUACGUGAGCCGGAAGAUCGACAGGGAAGAGGUGUGCGAGCGGACCAGCACAUGUAUGAUGAACCUGAAAACCGUGCUAGAAAACCCACUGGAGGUGCACUACGUGGGAGUGGAGGUGCUGGAUGUUAAUGAUCACUCCCCCAGUUUUCCAGAGAAAGACAAAACGUUGGAGAUUUCAGAGUCUGUCUUAGCUGGAGCACGUAUUCCUCUAAAAGCAUCUCGAGAUCCAGACGGCGGCCCCUUUUCUGUUCAGCAGUAUAAACUCAGCCAUAAUGACCACUUCCGGUUGGAAGUUAAGGAUAAGGGAGAAGAUGGUAAAAUACCCAUUUUGAUUGUGCAAAAAUCUUUGGAUAGAGAGGCAGCGAGAAGCCACUCAUUAGUGCUGACAGCUCUGGAUGGAGGGAAACCUCCAAAAUCUGGUGAAAUGAAUAUUCUAGUAAAAGUUUUGGAUGUGAAUGAUAACGCUCCUGUUUUCUCUAAAGAUGUUUACUCUGUGAUGAUCGAUGAAAACGUACCAGUAGACACAAUUGCCAUACAAGUGAAUGCAACUGAUUUAGAUGAAGGACCAAAUGGAGAUGUGAUUUAUUCAUUCAGCAACAGUGUGAGUCAAAGAUUGUUAAAUCUUUUUGAUAUCAAUCCAUCAACAGGUGAAAUCACUGUUAAAGGAUUAAUAGACUAUGAGGAAAAAGAUAAAUAUGAAAUUGAAAUACAGGCAUCAGAUAAAGGCCUCCCUCAUCUUUCGACACAAAAAAGUGUCAUCAUCAAGAUAGUGGACGUGAAUGAUAACGCACCUGAGAUUGAAGUCACCUCAUUUUCAAGCUCCAUCCCUGAAAACUCCAGACCUGGAACUACAGUUGCUCUGAUCAGUGUGAAUGACUUGGACUCUGGUCUUAAUGGAAAAGUUAUUUGCUCCAUAGGUGAGGAUGUUCCUUUUGCUUUGACACCAUCCUUACAAGAUAAAAUGUAUUCAUUAGUAACCAAAUCCCCUCUGGACAGAGAGACACAGUCACAUUAUGUCCUGACAAUAACUGCAAAAGACGCUGGUCAACCUCCAUUAUCAUCUGAGAAGACAAUAAGUGUUGUGGUGUCAGAUGUGAAUGACAACAGUCCAGAGUUUUCACUGAGCCCCUACACUUUCUAUAUCACAGAGGGGAACAAUCCAGGUGCCUCUGUGUUCUCAGUUAAAGCUUCUGAUGCUGAUGAGAGUGAGAAUGCACAUAUUUCCUAUCAUAUUCUCAGAGAUGGAAGCGAAGAUAAUACACUGACGUCAUUCCUCAACAUUAACUCUGAAAAUGGGGAAAUUAUUGCGCUAAAAGGUUUUGACUUUGAGACACUGAAAACUUUCCACUUCCACGUUGUUGCGUCAGAUUCCGGAACUCCGUCACUGAGCAGCAACGUCACAGUGAACGUGUUCAUUCUGGAUCAGAACGACAACGCUCCAGUCAUCCUGUAUCCAGUCAGCUCCAACGGUUCUGCUGAAGGUGUGGAGGAGAUUCCCCGCAACGUGAACGCAGGACACUUGGUGACUAAAGUCAGAGCCUAUGACGCUGAUAUAGGAUAUAACGGCUGGUUACUGUUCUCACUGCAGGAAGUGACUGACCACAGUCUCUUUGGUUUGGACCGCUACACAGGACAGAUCAGAACACUUCGCUCAUUCACAGAGACAGACGAGGCUGAGCACAAACUGAUCAUACUGGUGAAAGACAACGGGAACGUUUCUCUCUCAGCAACAGCUACUGUGAUUGUCAAACUCGUGGAGCCCAAAGAGGCUUUUGCAGCUUCUGAUGUUAAGAGUUCAACAAAAGCAGAUGAGGACAACAAUGUGACUUUUUACCUGAUGAUAACUUUGGGCUCAGUUUCAGCACUUUUUCUCAUCAGCAUCAUCGUGUUGAUUUCAAUGCAGUGCUCAAAAUCAUCCCCAGAAUAUACUUCUAAAUAUCUACAAGAGACUAAUUAUGAUGGGACACUGUGUCACAGCAUCCAGUACAGAUCUGGAGACAAACGCUACAUGUUAGUUGGACCCAGGAUGAGUAUAGGAUCUACUAUAGUCCCAGGAAGUCAUGCGAACACACUGGUGCUCCCUGACAGGAGGAGGGGAUCUGGAGAGGUAAGAAAAAUGCCACGGCUGUUAUGAAUGCUACUAACAGAUGAGUUGCAGAUCCUGUUGAGCGCCGAAAAAACGAACCAAACCACCAAUUCAGAACACCUGGAUUCAGAUUGACUAUAGGUCAAUUAUAUUCAUAACAGGGAGGAGGAGGUUUUGUGUUCUUAUGAUAAUUAAGUUUAUACGUGGAUGUGCAGUUAGUGUCCUUAAGUAUUUCAAAAUAAAUCAAACUCAAUAAAUGCUAAAACCUCUAUUUUUAUCUUGACAUAAUAAAUCAUGGAAUUCAGUAUUUUCAAUAUGGUGUAUAGCUGUAAAAUACUAGACAAAUUAACCACUAAAAUAAGGGACGUGUUUGUCUAAUAUCUACCACACAAAUAACAAUGCUUAUGUCUCCUUCAUCUCUGUCUGCUUUCUAUUUCAAGACAUUUGAGAAUGCUGUAUUCAGUGCACUGACCAAUUUGCCUAUUAAUAAUUUAAAAUUUGAAUGUGCCUAUUUCAGGCCAUGUGGGGUUGUGUAAUAAUUGCCUCAGUUCAGCAGUGCUGUGAGGUAAGGAGAGGUUUAUGUUCAGUUUAAAGGGCAGUAAAUCCCAAUAGCCACUCACUCAUUUAGUUAGCUCAUCCUCAUCAGAAGUGUUAUUUGCGAAUAAGUUUCCCCACAAUCACGGCACAGCUGUUCCUAACAUCUACAUCAUUUGAGUGACUGCAUAUGGCCCUCCAAGUUAAAUAUAAUGCUCUAUGGUAGCUCAAAACCAGAUAGUCAUUUGAAGAAGACUUCUAUCUUUUCGAUUUAACACAGAGUACAUGCAUUGUGCUCGGUGUAGUACAUGCUUAUAUGCACAUUUGUAGGUUUGUUUUCUAUAUGUGUCUUAUCUAUUUGGGUGUGCAUGUGAGUACUGGCCAAAAUACAAUGUAACUUGAGGUCUGUGCUCGCUGAUGUAGUUGAGGGGGCUCAAUGGGCCAUGGCUGGCUGGAGCUAUGACAGAGAGAGGGGGGAGAGAGAGCCUGCGGCUGGUGUGCAGUGAAUCACAAUGUACCGCCAGUCAGGUGGGGUAUGGACACUUUGCUUCAGCAGAGUUCUUCAUUCAUAACAGGACUACAGAUUUUUACUAUUACUUUGGUCAAGGAAAUUAGCAGACGGUGAUGUGAAAGAGUGCAAUCCGUUCAUGUUCAUUCACACUAGCUUCUCAGCAGAGAGAUCCCUUUUGACUGAGGAAAGAAAUAGGUCAUAUUUUAUCACACAUGUGAAGGUCUACAUGCUAGGCUUCGAGGCUGAUUCUGUGUCAAACUCGUGUGUGUUGCCCAUAGCAACACACUGGGAGAUCCACCUCUCGGUGUCUACCGGUUUCCACAGACUAGCAUGCACUGAGCUGUCUUAGCAACAGCAGCG